GUGAUUGACAGGUUCAUGAAGAAGAUAAAAAAACUCAAAUAAUAGCUCUGCAAUAAACAUGUUUAACAAGCUGUGUACACUAAAGUAAACAUGAGUAAUGCAAAGAAACAGAGGAAUCUAUACACUGCAAGAAUAAGGGUGGAAAUUGCUACUGCUAAAGGGCCUAGAAAGAGAUCAAUAGAAAAUCAACAGGACUCUGCACAUUCAAAAAAGAAAGAUGAAGUUCCAAAAAUUGAAAUUGAGAAAGACUCGACAUCAGUACAAAACGGCGACAAGAAACAAUCCAGAGCAAAUUUAACAAAGAAACCAACUUCUGGAAAAGAUACAAAAAAUCCAUCAAUCGAACAUAAUGGCUUCAAGAAACCGCCUAUAGUACAGAUGAAUGGUGCGAGAAGACCCUCCAUUGAAAGACAAAAAACUGCAUUGUCUACAGCGAGAGCGAUGGGAGAAAUAGUUUCAAAUAUAAAGAAAUCCCCAUAUCCAAUGUCAGCAAAAACAGCUAAUGUGUCGUUUGGUGGCGUUCAAAUGUUGGGUACACCUUCAUCAGAAGGUACAGACGAUAGCUUACCCAAUGUUGAAGUAGAACAUAAACACGUGCCAUCAGCGUCCAUUCUGAAAACGGUUAGGGGCGCCACUCCAGAAGAAUUAGAGAAGACAUAUUUUCCAUAUACAAAUAGCAAUGACGAACCAUUAUAUCAAGAUUCGGAUGACCCUAAGGAUGAAGCUGAUAUAGACAUUCCCUCAGACGAUUCUCAUUCAGUCUCGCUCAGUUCAUCGUCAGAUGAUGAAGAUUAUCCUAGAGAAAAUGUCGUUGUUGAAAAUCCUCGUCUCCCGCGUCAACCAUCAAGUAGACUGGAUGUCAUCAAAACCUUUUUAAAUGUAGUCGUCAUCGGUCACGUGGAUCAUGGAAAGUCAACGUUGAUUGGUCAUUUAGCUCAGAAAUGUGAUGCUGUUGACAACGAAACUAUCAACCAACUAGCAAAAGAAUCUGACAUGUGCGGCAAAUCGUCGUUUAAAUUUGCCUGGGUUAUGGAUCGACUUAAAGCUGAGAGACAGCGAGGUGUAACUAUUGACAGUAAAAUAAGACGACUCGAUUCCAGACGAUUUCAUGUUAAUAUGAUUGACGUCCCUGGACAUAAAGAUUAUGUACAUAAUAUGGUUACUGGGACCACACAGGGUGAUGUUGCUUUGUUAGUUGCAUCUGCAGAACAUGGAGAAUUCGAAGCAGGUCUUAAAAGGAGAGGACAAACGAGAGAACAUCUACAACUGGCUUAUAAUACUGGUAUUAAACAACUCAUAGUAGUCAUCUCCAAAAUGGAUUCUAUUGAUCCUGCUUAUAAUGAAGUUCGAUUUCGAUACUGUAUAGAUAAUAUUGCUCUUCUUGCAAAGAAAGUUGGUUUUGACGUGGAAACUGUACCAUUUAUUCCUAUUUCUGGUUGGGAAGGUGACAAUUUGAUAACACCAAGCUCCAAAAUGCCCUGGUUUUCAUCUUGGAAGGUAAAACGAAGAUCAGGUGGUGCUUCUGGAAAAACACUUUUAGAUGCAAUAGACAGCUCAGAAAUGCCCUUUCGCAUGACGGACCGGCCAUUACGUGUACCUAUACAUACAGUUUACAAGCUUGGAGAAAUAGGUAUUGUGACAGCUGGACGAAUACACUGUGGUUAUAUCCGACCAGACAUGGGUGUCAGUUAUGCUCCAAACAAUAUUCACUCUAAGGUACGGGCAGUGCAAGUUUUUCGAGAAGUUAUGGAUGAAGCAAGGCCAGGUGACAAUGUGGGGAUACAGAUUGAGAAUUAUACACUUAAAGACAUCAGGAAAGGUGAUGUGUGUGGGGAUACCUGUGACGAUCCACCACAAGCCGUCACACAGUUUACUGCUCAGAUAAUGAUAUUAAAUCAUCCGGGUACUAUAAAGAAGGGUUACACCCCUAUUCUGCAUUGUCAUACGUCAAUGGUCGCCUGCAAGUUCUUAGAAAUAAAAGAACGAUGUGAUAGACGAACAGGCCAAUGCGCAGAAGAAAAUCCGUCAUGCCUGCGUCCAGGUGAAUUGGGUGUUGUUGACUUAAAACCUAUUCGUCCGAUAUGCGUUGAAUGUUUUUUUGAUUACCCUUCACUUGGAAGAAUUAUAAUCCGUGACAUGAAGCAGACGAUUGCUGUCGGUGUUAUAAUAUUCAUCCCAGGCAGACUUCCUCCUCCGUUUGAAUUUCAAAGAAACUAUGGAGUUAUUACGCGAAUGACAGGAAUAACAGGUCUAAGUUUUGGAUUAAUGUCAAGACCUACCACAACUGGAUUUGGUGCCAUAACAUCCGUUUCACAAUAUGGCGGUGAUACACGACCAAACACAAAAGGUGUAAUGAUAUCUGAACCAUUGCCCUAUUGUACAGAAGAAGUUGAGGACGAUGAUGGAAGUGUAUCAUUGACAUCAGGUGAUGCUUUACCUGAAUUUCCACGCACUUUCAGGACAAAAUCGGGGAGAUUUGAAACAGAGUUUUAAGACUUAUACUUCCCGUAAUGUAGACGAACAACGGGAUUGUAAACUGGUGUUAAGUAAGAUAAUUGUGGAGCU